AGGGCUGAAGUUACUGAGCUAGGCGCAGGUCUGAGCAAGUACGGCAGUUGAAGGUGUUGCCCCAAAUAUGAUGCAAUUUGGUCCCGCAACUAUAGUCCCGAAUAACAGCGGUGAUGGUUUUCCCCGUAUGACCCCAGCAAUAAUCCCAACUGUAGUGCCAACUACAAUAGUUCGUGAAGUUCUUACUGAAAGCAACUAUGAAAAUUGGAGAACUUGUGUAAAAUGGUAUUUGGUGGGUCAAGAUCUAUGGGAAGUUUGCCAGACGAAAGACAACGUUCCUAAUAAAGCACAAGAUCCAGAAGCAUUUUCAGUUUGGGAAAAGAAGAAUGCCAUGGCUUUACAUGCUAUUCAAAUUUCAUGCAGUGGGGAGAUGCUUUCUCAGAUUAGGAAGGAAAAUUGUGCAAGUUACGUGUGGGACUUUUUGCAAAAACGGGCCAAACCAACCUUCUGUUUCGACCCAAAAGUCAGUGGCAUAGAUGAACGGUCACCUGCUGCCUCAGCCCCAACUGAUUGAUAGCAAUUAACAAGAAGAAAACUGCCUGCAGGGAACGUUGACUUCUCUCAGUAGCAGGGCUUAAUCAAGGCAUUGAACCGUGGUAGGUGGAACGAUAUCGAAUCCUUCUUUAAUAAAAAUCCGGAUGCAGUGAGCGCAAAAAUUUCACCAACAGACGAGACCGCGCUUCAUAUCGCUGCUGGUGCUGGACAUGUAAAGGUUGUAGAGGAGUUGGUGAAAAAACUGAGUCCAGAGGACUUAAAACAAAAAGAGAAUAAUGGAGGGUGCACGCCACUUGCUUUGGCUGCAAUGAAUGGAUUUAAAGAAAUAGCGCAGUGCAUGAUUGAAAAGAGCACGGAAUUGACCAGUAUUUUAGAUAAGAAUGGAAGCCUCCCAGUUGUGCGUGCUUGUAACCGAGGCAGAAAAGAAGUGACUCGUCUUCUCUACAAUUACACUCCACCAAAGGAGCUAGGUCCAAAAAAAGGCGAAGGCAAAAAUGGUGCAACGCUUCUUAGUUAUUGUAUUGUUACCAAAUUCUUAGAUAUUGCUUUGCAUAUCCUCGAGAAGCACCCAAGUUUGGCUGUUACUUUGGAUUGGAAUGGCGUUUCCCCCUUGUAUAAAUUGGGUCAAAAGCCUUCUUUGUUCAAGAGUGGAGGUCAGCUCUGGUUUUGGCAGCGUUGGAUAUACUCAUGCAUAUCUGUAAACGUAGAUCGUGCCUCAGAUUGGAUUCAAAUAAAUGUUGUUGACGACAUUGCACAAGGACGAGAUGAUAGGAAUAAUACUAAAAAAGGACUAGGUCAAUUAAUGCAUGGGCUGGUUUCAUAUCCACAAAAACUUCCUGGAAUCAAGAACAUACACGAUCAAAAGUUGAGGCAUGCUCAAGCCAUCAAACUUCUUGGGAGCAUUUGUAUUGAACUACAAAAUAUGAAAGUUGAUGCCCUUCGUUUUCAAGUGCACCAAGCAGUCUUCCAGGCUGUUAAGCGAGGGAAUGUUGAGUUUGUCACUGAGAUGAUUAAAUCUAUUCCUGAGUUAGCGUGGAGCCGUGAUAUUAAUGGAAGAAACAUAUUUUUUGUUGCAAUUUUGAACCGUCAGGAAAAGAUUUUCAACCUUUUACAUGGGCUUACUGACGCACAGAAGAUUAAAGUGAUAUCUCCUUUGGAUAGGUUUGGAAAUAACAUGCUACAUUUGGUUGCGAUAUUAGCACCAUCGGAACAGCUUGAUGCCAUUUCAGGUGCUGCUCUGCAGAUGCAAAGAGAACUACAAUGGUUUAAGGAGGUGGAAAGCAUUGUGCCACCACUAUUCAAGGACCUUAUAAACUCAGAUGGAAAAAAGGCCAUUGAGGUGUUCUCUCAGCAGCAUGCGGACUUGGUAAAAGAUGGGGAGAAAUGGAUGAAGGAGAUAGCAACAUCUAGUUCAUUUGUAGCUGCUCUCAUUGUUACCAUCAUGUUUGCAGCAGCCUUCACUAUUCCUGGGGGUAACAAUGACAAAGGCGCUCCCAUAUUCUUGGACGAUACCUUUUUCAUAGUUUUUAUAAUAUCAGAUUCAAUCUCACUCUUUUCUGCUACUACUUCCGUGUUGAUGUUCCUGGGAAUCCUGACAUCAGUAUAUGCAGAAAACAAAUUCCUCACGCGGUUGCCCACAAAGCUAAUAAUAGGCCUUUCCGCCCUUUUCAUCUCUAUUGCAGCCAUGAUGAUAGCCUUCUGUGCUGCCCUCGCUAUUUUGCUAAAGCAAAGCUCAACCAAAGUGGUUAUGAUCCCGAUUAUUUUACUUGCCUGUGUUCCGGUGACCCUAUUCGCAUUAUUGCAAUUUCCCCUUCUUGUUAAUAUUUCCAUUUCCACAUAUGGGCCAGGCAUCUUCGAUAGGAAUGUACAACGUUUGUACUAGCUAGCUGUGUCCCUUCAAUGUGUUAUAACAUAACGCAUGUCCUUUAUUAGUCUGUUCAAUAAUAUGUUUUAUUUUAAGGUGCAUGUAAGAAACACACCAGUUCUAUUGAUGCCUAUAUGAUUCUAUAUUACCUCGAUUUUAUGCUUUGUCAUAUAUUUUGUAAUGUUGAGGUUUGGUGUGAAAUUAUGUGAUUAAAACUUUUAGUUAUAAAAUUUAUGGAGUUUUGUA